UGAAAUAAAAAAAAGAAUCGAGAAACAAAAGUGGAAAUCUACUCAACACACGCAUUUUGAGUUUUUUUUAAUCCCCGUCAAGCGAAUCGUAGAGCAUUCUGAGAUGUCGUCUUUGAUCACGCAAAAGUCCCAAAACUUUAAAAAAAAUCAAAUGGGGGUUGUGCCUUUUUUUUUUCUCUUUUACUUUCACUUUUUUUUUUUUUCCUUUGUAUCAUUUGUUUCAAACAUGUCUCUAUAUGCAAAGGAACGCUCUGUUGCCAUUCAAGCUGUUCUUCAAGCUAGUAAGGUGUGUCAAUCCGUCUUUCAACACCUUGUUGCUAAUGAAACUUUGACUAAGAAUGACAAGUCUCCAGUCACAGUUGCUGAUUUCUCGGCUCAAGCCAUUGUCAACACUUAUCUCCAAAAGGCCUUCCCUCAAGACCCUAUUAUCGGUGAAGAAGAUAGCAAAGAUUUACGUGGUGAAGAAGGAAGAAUCUUGCGUGAAAAAGUACAUGCCUUAACCAAUGGUGUUUUACAAGAUAAUGAAAAACUGUCUGAAGACCAGAUUUUACAAGCGAUUGAUAGAGGUAAUUAUGCUGGUGGACCUCAAGGACGUCAUUGGGCUUUAGAUCCUAUUGAUGGUACAAAAGGAUUCUUACGUGGAGGACAAUAUGCUGUUUGUCUUGCUUUGAUUGUGGAUGGGGUGGUUCAACUUGGUGUCAUGGGUACGCCUAACCUUCCUAUUGAUGCUCGACAACCUGAUGGUGAAAAAGGUACUCUUUUUGUUGCUGUACGUGGUCAAGGUGCUUUCCAGAGACCUUUUUCUCAAGAAAAAGAAACCAAGAUUCAUUUUGCUGAUAUUGAUGAUACCAAGAAUGCCACUUUUUGUGAAUCUGUAGAGGCUGGACACUCUUCUCAUGAUGAUGCUUCUUCUAUUGCUAAACUUUUGGGAAUCACUCGUCCUUCCAUCCGUAUGGAUAGUCAAGCCAAAUAUUGUUCCAUUGCUAGAGGUGAUGCCGAUAUUUACUUGCGACUUCCCACUAGUAAAACUUAUGUUGAAAAGAUUUGGGAUCAUGCUUCUGGCAAUGUAUUGAUUACUGAAGCUGGUGGCAAGAUAACAGAUGUGAAUGGUCAACCUUUGGACUUUUCUAUUGGUCGCACACUUUCCAAGAACUCGGGUGUGAUUGCUUCAAAUGCAAGUAUCUUUGAUUCUCUCUUGUCUGCGGUACAAAAAGUACUUCAAAAAUAGUUUUAGUUUAUUAUUCAUGAAAUAAUAAAAAAAAAUAUGUAUUAUUUUGAAUCUA